CUCCGUUGCCCGGAACACCAGGAGCCAACCGUUUGGAUAGAUAGCCGAUAGCCCGCCUCCCUCUCUCCUCUCCUCUCCCCUCCCCACCGCAACUGGACUCGCCGCGCCUCCUCUCACUCCCCUCCUCCUCUCGCCCCCACCCAUGGCGACGGCUAUGAUGGCUGCAGCCACCACCUCCUGCUCCCCGCGCCGAGCGCCGCUGGCCCUCAAGCCCGUGGCCUCCUCCAGCUCCGCUCCGCCGCCGCCCAGGCCGCAGCCGCGGCGGUCCUUCAAGCAGCUCCCGGGGCUCGUCUCAACGGCGGCAGCGGCUGCGGCGGCGGCCGUAGUCUCCGCGCCUCUCCCGGCGCUAGCAGCCGAUAUCGAGAAGGCGGCGCUCUUCGACUUCAACCUCACGCUCCCCUUCAUCACGAUCGAGUUCCUGCUGCUCAUGGUGGCGCUGGACAAGCUCUACUUCUCGCCGCUGGGCAAGUUCAUGGACGACCGGGACGCCAAGAUCCGCGCCGAGCUGGGCGGCGUCAAGGACGCGUCCGAGGAGCUGCGGCAGCUGGAGGAGCAGGCCCAGGCCGUGCUCAAGGCGGCCCGCGCGGAGAUCGCCGCCGCGCUCAACAAGAUGAAGAAGGAGACCACCACGGAGCUGGAGGCCAAGCUGGACGAGGGCCGCCGCGCCGUGGAGGCCGAGCUCGUCGAGGCGCUCGGCAACCUCGAGGCGCAGAAGGAGGAGGCCAUCAAGGCGCUGGACGCGCAGAUCGCGUCGCUCAGCGACGAGAUCGUCAAGAAGGUGCUCCCGUCCGCGUGAAGAUCUCACCCAGCAGCCCCGCCCAAUCCUCCAUUUCCUCGUAAAGAUUCCACUUCUUGACGAAUGAAUCAUGUGUGUAAUGUAGUAUACGCCCUUGGGCUGCUUCACAUUAGUGGCCCUAUUUAUCUUGUGAUCAGGUAUAAAUGAAUGAUCCUUUUGUACAUAA